AUGAUCGAGGAGAUGGUGUCGGGGGGUCACUCGGUGACCAUCUUCUUCUACAACCCGAACAUCCACCCGCGCGCCGAGUACGAGAUCCGCAAGGCGGAGAACAAGCGGUACGCGGCGGAGCUCGGCAUCGCCUUCGUCGACGCGGACUACGACGUGGACGAGUUCCACCGGAGGGCGCGCGGCCUCGAGUUUGAGCCCGAGCGCGGCCGGCGCUGCAGCAUGUGCUUCGACAUGCGGAUGGACGUGACGGCGGAGUACGCGUCGCAGCACGGCUUCGACUGCUUCACCACGACCAACGCGACCUCGCGCUGGAAGGACAUGAAGCAGGUCAACGCGUCGGGGCUGCAGGCGGCCGCCAAGCACGGCUUCCGGCCGUACUACUGGGUGUACGACUGGCAGACCGACGGGAUGACCGCGCGCAAGUACCGGAUCAACGCGGAGCAGCGCUUCUACAAGCAGGA